AUGGGAAACUCUUGGCUAGUGAUGUGACUCAUUACGUGAUCCCAGAUUGGAAAGUUGUGCAAGAUUACCUGGAGAUCCUGGAGUUUCCGGAGUUGAAGGGAAUCAUUUUCAUGCAGACAGCUUGUCAAGCUGUCCAGCACCAGAGAGGCCGGAGACAGUAUAACCGACUGCGGAACCUCCUGAAGGAUGCGCGGCACGACUGCGUCCUCUUCGCCAACGAAUUCCAGCAGUCCUGCUACCUCCCGCGGGAAAGAGGGGAGUCCGUGGAGAAGUGGCAGACCAGGAGCAUAUACCACGCGGCUGCCUGGUACUACCACCACUGCCAGGGCAGGAUGCCCAUCGUGGUGGUGACAGAAGACGAAGAGGCGAUUCGGCAGUACGGAAGCGAGACCGAAGGAGUGUUCGUAAUUUCUUUCAAGAAUUACCUGGACGAUUUCUGGCCCGAUUUAAAGGCUGCCCACGAGCUCUGUGAUUCUAUCCUUCAGUCUCGACGAGAAAGAGAGAAUGAGAGUCAGGAGAGCCACCGGAAGGAGUACCCGGAACAUCUUCCGCUGGAAGUGCUGGAAGCUGGAAUUAAGUCUGGGCGCUACAUCCAGGGACUUCUGAACGUCAACAAACACAGAGCACAAAUUGAAGCUUUCGUUCGACUUCAAGGAGCCAGCAGUAAAGAUUCAGCUUUAGUCAGUGACAUCCUGGUGCACGGCAUGAAGGCUCGAAACCGCUCCCUGCACGGCGACGUGGUGGCUGUGGAGCUGCUCCCUAAAAACGAGUGGAAAGGAAGAACCGCCGCCCUGUGUGAGAAUGACAGUGAUGACAAGGCAGGCGAGGCCCCGAGCGAGCCCAUGCCCACAGGCAGAGUGGUGGGCAUCCUUCAGAAGAACUGGCGGGAUUACGUGGUGACAUUUCCAUCUAAAGAAGAGGUCCAGUCUCAGGGCAAGAAUGCUCAGAAAAUCCUAGUCACGCCUUGGGAUUACCGAAUUCCCAAAAUUCGAAUUAGCACUCAGCAAGCAGCAGCCCUGCAGGACUUCAGGGUGGUUGUGCGCAUCGAUUCCUGGGAAGCGACGUCCGUGUAUCCAAAUGGACACUUCGUGCGCGUUUUAGGAAGAAUCGGAGAUCUGGAAGGGGAGAUCGCCACCAUCCUGGUGGAAAACAGCAUCUCCGUCAUCCCCUUCUCAGAAGCUCAGAUGGGUGAGAUGCCAGUAAACACGCCAGAAAGCCCCUGGAAGGUGAGUCCUGAAGAGGAGCAUGAACGUAAGGACUUGAGGAGAAGCCACCUUGUAUUCAGCAUUGAUCCCAAAGGCUGUGAAGAUGUGGAUGACACUCUGUCAGUCAGAACCUUAGGGAAUGGUGACCUGGAACUUGGGGUCCACAUCGCCGACGUCACACACUUUGUGCCACCAAAUUCUUGUAUCGACAUCGAAGCCAGAACAAGGGCCACCACAUACUACUUAGCAGACCGUCGCUUUGACAUGCUGCCCUCCGUGCUCAGCGCUGACCUGUGCUCCCUCCUGGGAGGUGUGGACAGGUACGCUGUGAGCGUGAUGUGGGAGCUCGAUAGAACCUCCUAUCAAAUUAAGAAAGUGUGGUAUGGCAGAACCAUUAUUCGAUCUGCAUACAAACUGUUCUACGAAGCGGCCCAGCAGCUACUGGAUGGAAACUUCAGCGCCGCGACCGACAUUCCAGAACUCCGAGACUUGGAUGAGAAGAGCAGACAAGCCAAGCUGGAGGAGUUAGCAUGGGCGAUUGGGAAGCUGACCGACAUAGCUCGCCACGUCCGAGCUAAGCGAGACCAGUGUGGUGCCCUGGAGCUAGAAGGGGUGGAAGUCCGUGUCCAGCUUGACGAAAGAAAGAACAUCCACGACCUCAUCCCCAAGCAGCCCCUGGAAGUCCACGAGACGGUAGCUGAAUGCAUGAUCCUGGCCAACCACUGGGUAGCCAAGAAGAUCUGGGAGAGCUUCCCUCAUCAGGCCUUGUUGCGCCAACACCCUCCUCCGCACCAGGAGUUCUUUUCUGAACUCCGAGAAUGUGCUAAAGCAAAGGGCUUCUUUAUAGAUACACGGUCCAAUAAAACCCUGGCUGACUCCCUGGACAAGGCGCACGACCCCAGUGAUCCUGUCGUGAACAGGCUGCUGCGCUCCAUGGCCACGCAGGCCAUGUCCAACGCGCUGUAUUUCUCCACCGGCUCGUGCGCAGAAGAGGAGUUCCAUCACUAUGGUCUUGCACUAGAUAAAUACACCCACUUCACCUCUCCAAUAAGAAGAUACUCGGAUAUCGUAGUCCACCGAUUGCUAAUGGCAGCCAUUUCGAAAGACAGGAGAAUGGACGUCAAGGACAAUUUAUUCAGCAACAAAGAUCUCGAGGAAUUAUGCAGACAUAUCAACAACAGAAACCGAGCAGCCCAGCAUUCCCAGAAGCAGUCUACAGAGCUCUUCCAGUGCAUGUACUUUAAAGACAAAGACCCUGACUCCGACGAGCGCUGCGUGUCUGACGGGGUCAUUUACUCGGUCAGAACGAAUGGUGUGCUGGUGUUUAUUCCCAGGUUUGGCAUUAAAGGUGCUGCUUAUCUGAAAAACAAAGAUGGCUUAGUGAUCGCAUGUGGCCCAGAUGGCUGCUGUGAAUGGAAGCCAGGGUCCCUUCAGCGAUUUCAAAGCAGAAUCACCUCUACCACAACAGGAGGGGAGUCGGUGACGUUCCAUUUGUUCGACCACAUAACAGUAAGAAUAUCUGUACAGGCCUCGCGAUGCCAUUCCGACACCAUCAGGCUUGAGAUAAUAAGCAACAAACCUUUCAGGAUACCGAACACAGAACUUUACCCUCCGAGCUGCCCCCUGCUGAAGAGCGAGCUAGUCAAAGAGGUGACGAGAUCUGUGGAAGAAGCUCAGCUGGCCCAGCAAGUCACAGGGGACGCCCUUCAGGAAGAGUGUCGAGAGUACUGCCAGACGCAGGGGAGGAGUCUGUACACGCUUCUCGAGGAGAUCAGGGACCUAGCGCUCCUGGAUGUUUCCAGCGGUCAUGGGAUAUGAAGUACUCUCACCUCAUUAAAAGAGCUCUGUCCUCUGCAUGUCAGUCCUUUCACAUUAACAAAAUAAACAGAUAGAGGGACAGCA